AUGUCGGAGCUUGACGUCUCUAGGUUACGUUUCAAUCAAGUGGCUAUGCUCGGGUUUCAAUGUUUCGUCGAAAUUUUCGUCGACUAUGUGUGUAUCGUUAUGGAGAUGGCAGCCGGCAUCGAGUUUGACCGCAUCGAAGGCCUCAUAUUGGCCAAUGGCUGCUUCUAUUCGGGUAAUAUUUUCUCGCUCAAGCUUUCCAAGAACCAAUCUCAGCAAGAAUUUCUCAUGGCUACAUUGGUUUGGACCGCUAUAGUACACGCUAUCAAGAUGACGGCAGCCUAUUUGCCUUCCAUGAUGACGCAGCGCUUCCGUAGGCGUCCAGAUUACAAACCCAGUCUCUAUUUUUGUUUGAAGAAGAUCGUCAAGGGCACCCAAACCGACUCAUUUCUUGUAGCGGGGACGUGUGCGAUGGCCGUCGCUGAGUUGUGUCUUCGUGCUGGGAAAGCUACGUAUGUUGCGCGCUCUAUUCGACGUCGAGCAACUGAUGUUGAAGCGGAAAUACUGGAGCUAUCAGCUAGUAGUAAGCAAUCUGAAAGGCGUUCUGUGUCGUCCUUGAAACUCGAGUUCGACCUGUGGAAACGACAGAUUGUAUCUUACCAUACGGCGGAAUUGACUGCUGAUAUGUAUGCCGAGUAUAUCGCGAUCGGCUGCUCCCAAUCGAUCAUUUUCUGGUGGUCUGGCCACCCGUUUUACCCGGCAUUGCAGCUGGGCACAGGCGGUGUGAUGAGUCCGGGAGAUGUCGCCAAGUGGGGGCUCAAUCAAGUGGCUAUGCUUGGAUUCCAGUUCGUGGUAGAAAUCUUCGUCGACUACGUGUGCGUUGUGGUGGAAAUGGCAUCGGGGAUCGAUUUCACGCGGAUCGAAAGUCGCAGCACCUUUUUAGGAGUUGUGUUCAUGAUGAUGGCUGUGCUCAACAUUAACAUAUCGAGCCUCGUGUACUUGUCUUUUCACAGUCAGUAA